CAACGCCGGAAGUGAGCGAGCAUUUCCGGUCGGCAUCCCUCGGCCCCGGCUGUCGGUUGUAAUUCGGUGCUGGGCUCCCGUGCGUGUUCUCGUCGUCAUGAAGGACGUGCCGGGCUUCCUGCAGCAGAGCCAGAGCUCCGGGCCCGGGCAGGCCGCCGUGUGGCACCGUCUGGAGGAGCUGUACACGAAGAAGUUGUGGCAUCAGCUGACACUGCAGGUGCUGGAUUUUGUGCAGGACCCGUGCUUUGCCCAAGGAGAUGGUCUCAUUAAGCUUUAUGAAAAUUUCAUCAGUGAAUUUGAACACAGGGUGAACCCUUUGUCCCUGGUGGAAAUCAUUCUUCAUGUAGUUAGGCAGAUGACCGACCCUAAUGUGGCUCUUACCUUCCUGGAGAAGACGCGUGAGAAGGUAAAAAGUAGCGAUGAGGCCGUGAUCCUGUGUAAAACAGCAAUUGGAGCUCUAAAAUUAAACAUCGGGGACCUGCAGGUUACCAAGGAAACAAUUGAAGAAGUUGAAGAAAUGCUCAACAAUCUCCCGGGCGUGACGUCCGUUCACAGUCGUUUCUACGAUCUGUCCAGUAAAUACUAUCAGACAACCGGGAACCACGCGUCCUACUACAAAGACGCUCUGCGCUUUCUGGGCUGUGUCGACAUCAAGGAUCUCCCAGUGUCUGAGCAGCAGGAGAGAGCCUUCACGCUGGGACUGGCAGGACUUCUCGGCGAGGGAGUUUUUAACUUUGGAGAACUUCUCAUGCACCCCGUGCUGGAGUCACUGAGGAACACCGACCGGCAGUGGCUGAUCGACACCCUGUACGCCUUCAACAGCGGCAACGUGGAAAGGUUCCAGACGCUGAAGGCUGCCUGGGGCCAGCAGCCUGACUUGGCAGCCAACGAGGCCCAGCUUCUCAGGAAGAUUCAGCUGCUGUGCCUCAUGGAGAUGACUUUCACACGACCUGCCAAUCACAGACAACUCACUUUUGAAGAAAUUGCCCAAAGUGCUAAAAUCACAGUGAACGAGGUGGAGUUGCUGGUGAUGAAGGCGCUCUCCGUUGGGCUGGUCAAGGGCAGUAUAGACGAGGUGGAUAAGCGAGUUCACAUGACCUGGGUGCAGCCCCGCGUGCUGGACUUGCAGCAGAUCAAGGGCAUGAAGGACCGCCUGGAGUUCUGGUGCACCGACGUGAAGAGCAUGGAGAUGCUGGUGGAGCGCCAGGCCCACGACAUCCUCACCUAGUGCCCUCGUGUCCCUGUGGCCAGUGAGACUGGCAGCUCAGAGGAUGUGCAUUGAAUGGGGCAGGGGGUGGGAUCCUGUUCUUGCUAUAAAAACAGGAUUGUCGACGGUGGGCCUUGGCCACAGAGAGAAGCCCCCUUGGGGGUCUCCUGGUCUUGGGACACAGGAGGGCAAGAGUGAAUGCACAGCAGUGGCCCUCAAGCCGAGGACACUAGCCCCCAUGGUGGGUCUCCACUGCGUCCCCCAGUGUGCGUGUCUUUCCCAGUGUCCUCUGGGAGUGUUCCCACAAUAAACGCCUUUGCCGUGUCCUUCGUGGCUGUUUCCUGAGCUUGUC